GAUCAGUUUGCACGAUCUCUUUCUUUUAGACUAAAUUAUUUACAUAAAAGAAAAAAAAAUAAAAGCUUGAAGCAUUCGUAGUUCUUUGACAGCGGGAUUCUCGACAAAAAUACAGAUCAUGUCAAGCAAUGUGCAUCUUCCUAGAAAUGUUCCUCCUCCAAUCACCACUCCACCUCCUGCGCCCCCCUCUUUACUACCGCUGCAGGAUGCCAUUGCCAAACCACCUGUCGCGGACAAAAAUACGUUAACCGACCAUCCAAUACCACAUAUCUCAAAGCUCAACGACGCACAAGCUGACCCGAUAAAGGCUACUGCUGCUGUAAUCACUACCAGUACUACUGACAAUGAAACCACCAAUGAUAGAGCUCUCAAUACGGAGGAACAUUCAGCUCAUUUGAAUAAAUAUCUAAAAGAAGUACGCAGACAUCGACCAGGUCUCUUACAUCCACCUACAUUAGCAGAUUUUCAAGUGAAGAGUGACGAUAAUACUGUGAAGUCAACGAAAUGGCUGGAUUUCAUAGAAGCCUGGAUACUCUAUGUUAUAAGUUCUGCCGCUUAUGAUGAGCUUGAUCGACCACUUGAGCCUUUUUCACUAAACACAAUAAAGCAUGAUGUGGACCGAUUAUAUCCCAUAAUUGCUCCACUCAUUGGACCAGCACGAAAAGUAAAGUAUGUGUAUCGUUGGGAAAACAAAGCUUUGACAGGAGCUUUAGCUAGUUUCUAUCUGAUCCUUUGGUACUAUGACCUUGUUUUGGCAUUUGCAACGUGUUGGUUAGCAGCAGCUAUUAUUGCAUGUAGGCUCAAUCUGUUUACUCAGUACGGUGUAGAAGUUUUUGUUUCUCAACCAGAAGUAGAGGGCACUGCUAAAUCGUGGAAUAGAAAACUCCUAAAGAAAAUGAAUUCGACACAAUCAGCCUCGACUUUCAACAUAUUUGAUCAUUUAGAUGUUAUGGAAUGGAAAAGUGAUAUAACAACAAAAUAUGGCCCCAAAAUACAAAUGAUGUUUUCUGACACCGUCGACUAUGUCGAAAGAUUUAAAAACUUACUCACAUGGAAAAGACCUGCUAAAACUCGCUUCUUACUUAUACUUGUCUUGGCCUCUUCCUUAUUUUUAAGCCUUUUCCCUGUACGAUUUAUAGCAAAAUUCACAUUCUUCUAUAUGGGUUUUGAAUUUUUUGUCUUACAGGCACUCCGUUCACAUUAUCCUCGUCAUCGCCGACUAUUUAACAUACUGAACCUGUUAUUAUGGGAUGUGCCUAAUGAUGCAGAGUAUGCUUUGGAAGUUGUGCGAUUGUCACAAAGCAGCAAGUAUUCUGAGGAUAGUGACGAGACAGCUGAGACAAUAUUGAAGAAAUCUCAUACCUUAGCAUCCUCAGAUUCUGGAAUAACGUUUGAUAACAGCAUCAAUACUUAUUUAGAACCAUUAUCUGGAAAAUUUUCUGCCUCUAUGUCCGACCUUACAGAUCAUUUGACUCGAAGAGCUAUGGAUAUAAAACCAAAAGCAGAGGAUAGACCAAGUCUUCAUGCUACAGCUACAACAACCGCAACCUCUUUGGCUAUGUUGGCUGCUGCUGCUGCUGCAAACAAAGUGAGGAAAUCAGUCAAUUCACAUGCUGAGAAAAAGAAGAAAGAAACUGAAGAAGCAAUUGCAAAUGAUGAUGAUCCCAAUGCUUUUGGAUGUAUCUAUAAGGGCACUAUACCCGGACGCAUCAAGCUGGGAAGAAAAGGCUUCAUUUUCAGAACUGCACGUAUGGCGGGUGCAAGAGUGUUGGUCGAAUGUGCUUAUAAAGAUAUUAUCGGUGUGAAGAAGACGAAACAAUACAAUAUGCUAGUUUGGCAUGGUAGCGGUAUCGAUAUCUCCAUGGCCGAUGGUAUGGUGCUUAAAUUUGAAAAUGUAUUGCGAAGAGAUGAAUGCUUCAACCGUCUGGUGAUUGCUUCUGGAAAGGAAGGUGGUGAAUGGAAGAAAAUGUAAUAAACUUUCGUCAAUAGCGUAAUAUUCCACAGCAAAUUCACUGAAUGGUCUUAUACCAACAUUUCAAUACGACGACCAUAGUAUAACAAACUUUGUAUUAUUCCUGUCAU